AUGUCAAAGGGUCAAGCCAAUCGAUGGAUCCGCAACAUGGAGAAAGAAAACUCCCUCGAGGUCGUCAAGCUCAGUCAGUCCGACUUCGUCCGCCGCAUCGAGGGCUGCGUGCAGUACGGCCGUCCUGUCCUCCUCGAGAACGUCGGGGAGACUAUCGACUCUAUCCUUGAGCCCGUCCUCACCCGCCAGACCUACAAGUCAGGCAACACACUAAUGAUGAAGAUAGGGGACAGCGCAGUCGAGUACUCCCCUCAGUUCAAGUUCUACGUCACUACCAAACUCCCCAGCCCUCACUACACUCCCGAGAUCUCCACCAAAGUCGUCCUCAUCAACUUCACUAUCACCCCGCAAGGGCUCGAGGACCAGCUCCUGGGGAUCACGGUCGAGACUGAGAGGGCGGACCUUGAGGAGGAGAGGCAGAAGCUGGUGGUGCAGAACGCCGGGUUCAAGAAGCAGAUAGCGGAGAUCGAGGACAAGAUCUUGAAGAUGCUGUCGGAGGCAGGAGGUGACAUCCUGGAAGACGAGGAGCUCAUCAAUACGCUCUCUGCCUCCAAGGUCACCUCAAGCGAGAUCAUGACGGCGCUGGAGGCGGCGGAGAGGACGGAGAACACGAUAAACGAGGCAAGGAUGCUCUACAAGCCGUACGCCGAGAGGGGCUCCUUGCUCUUCUUCUGUGUGGCAGACCUCAGGAGCAUCGAGCCCAUGUACCAGUACUCCCUUGGCUGGUUCGUGAACCUGUUCGUAGCAGCCAUGCACGACUCCUCGUCCUCUGACGACAUAGCGGCGCGCGUUCAGGUUCUCAUCGACUUCUUCACCUACUCCCUGUACAGGAACGUCUGCCGCUCGCUCUUCGAAAAGGACAAGCUCCUCUACUCCUUCCUCGUCUGCUCCAAGCUCAUGAUCUGGCAGCAGCUCAUCUCCACCGCCGAGCUUAAGUUCCUCCUCAGCGGCGUCGCUGGGCCCGCAGGCGCCAACCCUCCUCCCAAACCCGCCGAGUGGUUCCCCGACCGAGCAUGGACUGAGAUCCUGCAGGCGACGCUGCUGGAGCAGUUCAAGGAGCUGGGCAAGGAGUUCGUGCUGCAUGUGGACGACUGGAAGCAGAUCUACGACAGCGCGGACCCUGCAAGGAUGAAGUUCCCCGGCGUCAUGCACAAGAAGUACAGCAGCUUCCAGAAGCUCACCAUCCUCCGAUGCCUCCGCCCGGACAAGAUCGUGCAGGAGGUGCAGAACUUGGUGGUGGAGGAGAUGGGGCAGAAGUUUGUCGAGCCUCCUCCUUUCGACCUUCAGAACUGCUUCGACGACUCCUCUCCUACCUCCCCGCUCAUCUUCGUCCUCUCCCCUGGCGCCGACCCCAACGCCUCCCUCAUCCAGUUUGCCGACUCCGUCGGCAUCAAGCUCGACAUGCUCUCCCUCGGCCAGGGGCAGGGGCCCAUCGCUGAGCGGAUGAUAGAGGACGCAGUCGACAGAGGCUCCUGGGUCGUCCUGCAGAACUGCCACCUCUCUCCCUCCUGGAUGCCAGCACUGGAGGCCAAGGUAGAGAAGCUCUCGCCCGAGCGCUGCCAUGCUCAGUUCCGUCUCUGGCUGACCUCCUACCCCUCCGACAAGUUCCCAGUCGCCAUCCUGCAGAACGGAGUGAAGAUGACGCUGCAGCCGCCCAAGGGACUCCGAGCCAACAUGCUCAACACGUACUUCGUCAUCGAGGACUCGUUCUUCGAGGGCUGCUCCAAAGUCGCCCAGCUUCGCAAGCUCCACUUCUCCCUCGCAUUCUUCCACGCCUCCCUGCAGGAGAGGAGGAAGUUCGGACCCCUAGGCUUCAACAUCCCCUACGAGUUCACCGAGUCGGACCUCCGCAUCUGUCAGACGCAGGUCAAGAUGUUCCUCGAGGAGUUCGAGCAGAUUCCCUGGGCUGCGCUGCGCUACACGGCAGGAGAGACCAACUACGGGGGGAGGGUCACAGACGCCCAUGACCGCACGACUGUCAACACCAUGCUCGAGCUCCUCUACACCCCCAGAGUGCUCGACGAAGACUACAAGUUCUCUGAGUCAGGCAUCUACUUCGCUCCUCCCGAUGGGACUGUAGAGGAUCACAAACAGUUUCUCCGCAAUCUCCCGCUCGUAGAGGCCCCCGAGUGCUUCGGCCUUCAUGAGAACGCAAAUAUCACCUUUGCUACAGCCGAGACCUACUCUCUCUUCGACUCUCUCCUCCUCCUCAUGCCCAAGGGAGGAGGAGGAGGAGGAGGCAAGUCGGCCGACAGCACCCUGGAGACCAUGGCGCUGGAGAUGCUGGAAAGGCUUCCUGAGCGCAGCGACUUUUACAAGUUCGGCCUGCCAUGGAACGUGGAGGACGUGCAGGAGAAGUAUCCAACUCUCUACACGGACAGCAUGAACACAGUCCUUACCCAGGAGCUCCUCCGCUUCAACGUCGUCAUCGACAACGUCCGCUCAAGCCUGCAGCAGCUCCUCAACGCCGUCAAGGGCAUCGUGUUGAUGUCUUCCGACCUCGAGCGGAUGUCUGUAUCCUUCCUUAACGGCUCCAUCCCCUCCCUCUGGAGCAGCAAGUGCUACCCCUCCCUCAAGCCCCUCGGCCCCUUCUACGACGACUUCCUCCGCCGCCUCCACUUCUUCCAGACCUGGAUCAACAACGGAGCUCCCUGCGUGUUCUGGCUCUCGGGCUUCUACUUCACUCAGUCCUUCCUCACCGGGACUCUCCAGAACUUCGCGAGGAAGCACAAGAAGGCGAUAGACACUCUCAGCUGGUCCUUCCAGGUCAUGCGCGAGGCCGAGGAGGAGCUCGAUCGUCCUGAGGAUGGCUGCUAUAUCCAUGGCCUCUUCCUUGACGGCGCUGGGUGGGACCCCCAGCAGAAUCACCUGGCCGAGCAGCAGCCGAAAAUUCUUUUCAUCCCCAUGCCUAUCGUCCUCUUCAAGCCCUGCGAGACAAAGGACAUCGAGAAGUCCUCGAACGAGUACACAUGUCCAAUCUACAAGACCAGCGCAAGGAGGGGAACCCUCUCAACCACCGGGCACUCCACAAACUUCGUCAUGGACAUUGUUCUUCCUUCCCCUAGAGACGCCUCCCACUGGAUCCUUCGUGGAGUUGCCUGCUUGUGCCAGCUAGACUUCUAA